UUACGGACCAGCCGGUUCAGUCCGGUACUGGAUCACUAUUCAGUGCACAAAAUACACCCGGUUUCCUAAGUUUUCUCCCAUUCCCAUCAUUAGCCAAGAUCCACACUUACCACUUGCCAUUUCUUCUAUCACCAUCUUCCUGUUUCUGUUCUCUGCUUCAUCGGAAGCUGAAAAACCCUGAAAUGGGUUCUAAUCAAUCAGUUCAAACUCUAGAAGAAGAUGAAGAAGAUGAAGAAGACGAAGAAGAAGAAGAUGAAAAUGGAGUGAUAGGAGAAGGAGAUUCAGUGAGUGUAAAGAAAGUUCUAGAACAGGAACCAGAGAUGCUUCCAUGUUAUGCUUCAGCUUCCCCUCUCUCUCCUCAGCUAUCCUCCUUAGGGACCCCACGGAUGGGGCCCUCAAUCAAGGUGUGGGACCCAUACAAUGUUCUUGCGCCGCCGCCGCUUCCCCCACCGCCUCCAACUGUGAGUUUUGGGCGUAGCUACUCAUCUGAUGGGAUGCUGGUGAUGGAAGAUGAAAGAGAGAGAGAUAGAGGGAGUGUGAUGAUGGAGGUUUAUUUGAUCAGUAAUGGAGAAAGUGAGAUGAGUUUGAGGCCUGAUUUCAUAAAUGGGAGGUCCCCACAUGCUGCCUUGACUACUAAUGGUAAGAGGCAAGCAAGGGCUUUGGCUGUGUUCUUGAAUUCUCAAGGAGUCAGGUUUAAUGCUGUUUAUACUUCGCCUUUCGAUCGAGCUAAAUCUACUGCUAUUUCUGUUUGUCAGGAGAUGAGUUUUCCAGAACAAGAGAUACAGUCGGCUGAAGCACUUACUGAAAUGAGCCAGGGACAUUGGGAAGGCUGCCAACGUUCUGAUAUGUAUACUUCUGACAUACUGAAUAUUUUAGAUAGACUGCAGCCGGAUUUUGCUGCACCUUCUGGAGAGUCACUCAGGCAAGUGGAAUUCCGAAUGAUCCAAUUCCUGAACAGGACAUUGCUUGUUUUGCCUGAUAAGCUUAGAUCAGAUUUUCCAUCUCCUCGCCCGAAUGAUGGUGGGUUUGCCCAACAGAAUUCACACGCUUAUGCAAACUCUCUGAGUGAUCGGGAUGGACCAUCUUACUCUUCACCGCAAUGGGAUUUGCUUUAUAGACACCGACAAUUAUCGAGGAAAAAGUCCGGGAAAAGCAGGCUGCAGGUGGUUACUACAACAGGUGACAAUAACUACCAUGAUGAUGAGUCGUCCCCCAAAGAACCGAGCCGUCAAAGCUCCAUUAGUGAAAUGAAUGCUCAAAAUUUAUCAAAUUGCAUUGGAGUUUUUAGUCAUUCCGUUCCUAUUAAGUGCCUCUUGAUGGGCAUCCUUGGUUGUAGCCCGGUGAUGUCACACAAGAUUUGCAUAGAGGAUUCUUCUGUGACCGUGUUGCAACAUUCUUGGAAAACCGGCUGGCAAAUAAAAAGAUUGAAUGAUACAGCUCAUUUGAGGCUUCUCUAGUCCUCUGAAUUCUGCAAGAAGAAGCCAUUGCUUGGUUAUUCGUGUUGCUUCCCAAAGUUUUGCGUAUGUAACUGUAUCUUUUGUGGUUUUACUGUAACCUUGUACCCAUAUUUAUUUGGUAGUUUCGUAACUCCAGAUUAAGCAAUGGAGUUAGGGUCACUGUCUCGAGUAAUUCUUUAAAUCUGUAAGCAUUAACACGAGUUUUUUUUUUCUUUUCUUUUCUUUUCUUUUCUGGUGUUUAUACUGACAUGUACUUCUAAAAAUUAAGAAAUGAGAAAGUCUUUGUGAUUGACCACAAGUUCCUAGUA